CCUACGAGUAUACCACCACCACCACUGACGACUACUAGCCCAUCCGCACCUGCUGGGACAUCACCCAACGCGGAGAUAACGACGACGACGACGAAACGUCUUGGAUCAGAACAUCAUGCGGUUAAAGACGAUCCCCCGCACAUCGACCUUUGCCUGGUCGCCCGUUUCUGUCCUGCCCCUGCUCGCGACGGGCACAGUCGCGGGUGCGCUAGACGAGAAUUUCUCGAAUGAAGGGAGGCUCGAGCUCUGGGAGCCGGAUUUACAUACUGCGCAGCACGAUAAGCCCACAGGGAGCGUCGUCACUACCUCGAGGUUUAACCGCCUCGCAUGGGGAAAUGUGAGCAUCGAUCACCCAAAAGGUCUCAUCGCAGCCGGGAUGGAGUCGGGCGAGCUGGGUAUCUGGGACCCGGAAAAGAUCGUCCAAGGGCUCGACCCGGCCGAGUCACUUAUCUUGAGCAAUAAGAAACACCAGACGUCACUUCGCGGCCUGGACUUUAACGGCCUGCAGACGAACCUCCUCGCCUCUGGGGCCUCGGCGGGCGAAAUCUAUAUUUGGGAUCUGACGAACCCGACAAAGCCCUACACGCCUACGGGCACCGCGGCGCCCAGCACAAAGUUGGAUCUUAUCACUUCUCUUGCAUGGAACAGCUCUGUCGCCCAUGUUCUCGCUUCCUCCUCUUCUACAGGAUACACCGUCGUCUGGGACCUUCGCGGGAAGCGAGAGGUCGUCGCGCUUGCCUAUGGUGGUGGGGCAGCCACUGGCGGCGGAGCGGUUGCGGGCGGAAUGGAGAUAGGAAGGCGGAGAGGGAUGAGCGACGUUUGUUGGCAUCCUGAAAACCCCACGCGUCUCGUCACCUCGUCCGAGGAUGACACUUCGCCUAUCAUCAUGCUCUGGGACCUGCGUAACUCUCGCGCACCCGAAAAGAUCCUCACCGGUCACGAAAAAGGUGUUCUCUCUGUUUCGUGGUGCAAGCAGGACGCGGAUUUGCUCCUCAGUUGCGGAAAGGACAACAGGAGUUUGUGCUGGAAUCCUCAGGUUGGGGAGAUUAUCGGUGAGUUGCCCUCAUCCCACAACUGGGCUUUCCAGGUCGAUUGGUGCCCUCGCAACCCCGACUUUCUAGCCACCGCCUCCUUCGACGGUACUAUCGGUCUCCACUCUCUACAGUCUACGAACGAAGCCGCUGCCGCCCCCCUCGCUGCCCCCGUCCAGGCAGAUGGGGCUGACAUCUUCGAUCUCCCUUCCACUACGGAACAGCCAAAGACGGCGCUGAGUUUGAAGCAGCCACCCAAGUGGCUUCGUCGUCCUACAUCUAGCUCCUUCGGGUUCGGUGGCAAGCUCGCGAGCGUACAUAACUCCACCCAGGCAGUACAGCACGGGCACGGCAAGGGUGUCGUCAAGCUUCGCACGAUCGUCACCGAGUCUUCCAUCCUGGAACGUCUUGAGAAGCUCAUUCAGGCUGAAGCAGAAGGACCUGCUGCCCUCCAAUCCUUCGUCGAGGCUCGCACUGGCGAGUCUGCACCCGACGGCGACCUCAAGGAGACCUGGCGUGCUCUGUCUAGUCUCUUCCGUGUCGAUAACCGCGAUGAGUUGAUCACCCUCCUCGGAUUCUCGAAAGAAGAGGUCAAAGAACGCGUCAAGGAGGCCGUGGAGAAGCUCAAGAUCGUGCCCUCCGUCGCCCUCUCCACUGAUCGCGAGGCAUCCGAAGCCUUGUCCGAGCCCACGGUCACCUUUGCCGAGCCUGAGCACGAGCAGAUCGAAGAAUCCGAAGGACCGCAAGAUACCGACCCUGAGGACACAACCGAGGCUCCCAGCGAGACCAGCGUCGGUGCUACGAGUAUUGGCACCAAGGCCACUGCCGCGCAGACCGAAGCGGAUACGGAGACGACCGAGCCUUCCCUCUUUGGCGAAGAUAUCGGCGCUGUCGCCCCUGGCGCAGCUGGCACGCCUGCUCCUGCCGACCCGGCCGACUUCUUCUCCAGCAUGGGCACUAUCCGCAGCGCCCUCCCAGAGCGUGUGCUCUACCCGCACCAGAACUAUGCCAACGACUCGAGCCAGGCAGCGACUAUUGGCAGCCGCAGCUCCAGUAUUGCUGACUUGAACGACCCCCCCUCGAGGGCGGCGAACACGUUCAAGAUCUACCCGUCGGAGGAGAGCGACGUGGACAAGCUCGUCACCAAGGCACUUGUAUUGGGCGACUUUGACAGCGCCGUCCAGCUCUGUCUCGGUGCCGAACGGUUUGCCGACGCGAUCUUGCUCGCAGUCAAGGGUGGUCCUGAGCUGCUCGCCUCGACCCAGAAGGCGUACUUCCAGAAACGCGUCACUGAGCUCCCCUACCUUCGCCUCUUCCAGAGCAUCGUGUCCGACGACCUUGCCGACAUUGUCCAAAAUGCCGAUCUGAGGGAGUGGAAGGAGAUCUUCGUCGUCUUGUGCACUUUUGCCAAGGCAGACGAUUUUUCCGGCCUCGCAGAACAGCUCGGCCAAAGGCUCGAGUUCCAAGGCCGUCUCCUUGGGGAAGAUGAGAAAGGCAAGAAAGCACUCAGGAAGGAUGCUACCCUGUGUUACCUCGCUGCCGGCAAGCUCGAGAAGGUUGUCGGUAUCUGGACGGAAGAGAUGAAGGAGGAAGAGGACGCUGCUGCCCAGUCGGAAGAAGGUGCCAAGCUGUCGACAUACGAUGCCCAUGCUUCAGCCCUACAGACCUUCAUCGAGAAGGUCGCCGUUUUCCGAGGUGCUGCCUCGUAUGUCGAUACCGAGCUCACUCAGCCCACCGAGUCUGCCGCUGUCGCCGAGAGCGGCGCGCGGACGUACAAGUUGGCUGCGCUCUACGACCGCUACUACGAGUAUGCCGAUCUCAUCGCCUCCCAAGGUCUUGUCAAAGAGUCGGUAACCUACGUCGCCAUGAUCCCAUCUGACUACCGUGGUGUACCUGGAAUGGAAGUUCAAUUCGAUGUCAUUAGGGACCGCUUGCUCCAGGCUGCUGGAGUCAAGGAUAAUGCCGCACUUCGGGCCAAGCAACAGGCCAGCCGUGCAGCUGUCGCUGCUGCGGACGUUGGCUACUUCCCCAAGGGUCUCUCCGCUGCUCCGGUUCAGCCCGCCCCUGCCAUUCCUGCCAUCCCUGCACAGCCUGCUGCAACUUCAGCGUAUGCUCCAUAUGGUUAUGCCCCUAACGGUGCAUCUGCAGGGCCCGUCGCAGCGAAUCCCUACGCUCCGGCUGCUACCGGCUACCAGCCCAGCGGCGGGCCAAUGCCGCCGCCCAAAAGUCAACCAUACCCGCCUUCCGCUCCCAUGCAAUACCCCAGUAACAACUAUGCAAACGCGCCGUACGGCCAGCCUGCAUAUCAGCCGUCCGCGCCUUCUUCAAUCGUUCCACCUCCGCCGCCUGUUAUCGAUGAAGCAACAGGGAUACCCCCUCCAGAUAUUACGCCUGGCCCACCCCGCGGAUCCUUCAUCAAGCGGGAGGCAACACCUGGCUGGAACGAUGCCCCAACAGUUGCGUCUGCUCGGCGAGCUGCCUCUGCUGCUGCCCCCGCCAGUGUUCCCCCUCCAAUCACCGCGCCUUUCCCUAAUUCUCCAGUUUCGGCCGGACUCACGUCGCCGUACGCACAGCCAAUGCACCAGACCGCGAGUCUUCCUCCUCCUCCAAGUCGAGGAUCUACGCUGCCACCCGGCCAACCAGGUGGACUGCCGCCGCCGCAGCGAGGACAGGCACUUCCUCCUCCCCGGAACACCGCCAGUCCACGGCUUCCAGGGCCUCCACCACGUGGGGGCCCGCCCGGCCCCCCUCCAGGGGUAGCUGGAAGACCUUUCCAGCCACCGCCUCCCGGAAGGGGCCCUGGUGCGCCUGGUUAUCCACCACAACGGACCAGUUCACCGCUGGCACAAGGCACACCAGGAGCACCUCCAAUGCGCGCACUUUCUCCUCCACAGCAAGGUCCCCCGAGGAUGCCACCCCCUGGUCAGCCAAGGAUGCAAGGGCCCCCGCCUGGUCGGCCUGCAAAUGGCGCGAUGCCUGGACCGCCUGGUCAGCGCGUAGCUGCUCCUCCAGGCGCCCCUGGCCAGCAGUGGCCGAGCGUGCCUGCAGGCGCUCCACCUGUGCAAGGCGGGCCGUAUGGGCCCCCGCCAGGCGCUCAUCCUCCUGCACCUCCAAGCCAGGCAAUGUCGCCUCCAUCGGGUCAGCCACCGCAGCUCUCCAGAAGCGGGACGCCAGCAGGGGGGCCACCAAUGCCUGCUGCCGCCCAAGCACCAAAAUAUCCACCAGGCGAUCGCUCCCAUAUCCCAUCCGCGCUGGACCCCAUCUUCCAAGUCCUUUCGCAAGAUCUUGCGCAACUGAAGGCAACCAUCCCUCCCCAGCAAAAGCGCCUCGUGGAUGACACAGAGCGUAGAUUGAAUAACCUGUUCGAUGCGCUUAAUUGUGAGAGCUUGACCUCACCGGUUGUGCAGCAAUUGCAUCAGCUUAUCGCAGCAAUGCAAGCCCGCGAUUUCCACUCUGCCAUGAAUGUACAUGUGCGUCUAUUGACGAGCGGGACAGCCUCCGACAAUGUGGCCAUCUGGGGUCCUGGCAUCAAGCAAAUCCUGAACCGGAUGGGGCGUUAAAAACACGAGGAGGUCCGAAUAUUCCAUGUACAUGCUGUAGAUCCGAGAAUUCCACUGGUUUUGCUUCAUCUAUAAUGUGUCGUCAGAAGUGCUGCUAAUCUGUGCUGGUAUCAAAUGAGUUAUCUACUGGAGCAAUGCCGAAAGUGCCGUCAGCAAUAGAGAAGUGUGAGUAAGUUAUGUCCUGUUUCCUAGAUCUCCUGCUGCUGCUGCUUCUUCCCAAAGAGUGGCCAAGCGUCUCGCCUAGGUUUCUUCGGAGCGUCGGUCGCAUAUCCGCUUCUGCCAAGAGCCUUGGCCCUUUCCUCAGACGUGAGCUUUGGAGUAGACGGACGGGGCGGCGCCCGGCUGGGUGUAGCAGAGCGUUGACCUGCAGGAGUUGUUGCGCCAGAUCGCUGUGAAGCCUGUUUGGGCGGAGGAGCAGGAGGUUGUGCGGGUGUCGUUGCCAAGGUUAGCAAACCUUGCCGAGCCAGCAAAGUGACGCAAUUCUCCAAGGCCUCCGGAGUGGGAUUCUUGAUAAUGUACGUUAUUUGCCGUAGUUCACGGUAACGAGGAUCCGCUAUCAAGGCUUUCAAAGAACCUUUGGUUGUCGUCGUCUUCUUCUCGUACGUGUCUUCGAAGAUCCUCCUAAAUUGGUCUUGCUCACCGUCCACUCCUUUAAGCCAUCUAGGGAACACCACCGAAUACCACAUAGGACCGACGAACGCGCCUUCCACAUUGGUUACCGCGGCUAUUUGACCCAUCUGCGGGCCUCGAUCAAAUAUCCGUAUAUUGUCUGGUCUUAGUUGCAGAUACAGGCUAAAGUGGCCCGCAUAAUGAUCCUUCUGAAGAACAGUCUUUGCCCGCUGCAGAAUCAGGCGAAGCUCUAUUCUUGUUUGCUCUGCUUCCUUGUGGUCAUAGCGAUCCGUGGCGACCAGAUACGCAAGGAAGGCGUCAUGUUCCGUACAGAGUGCUUGUAACCAGUACUCAGUCCGUGAGAACGGUCCAUUAUCGGACGGAAAGUCUUCCGGGAGCUCUGCCUUGUCCUCGUCGGUCAAAUUGCUAUCGAGAGGACCCACGUAGAUGCCAGUUGAGCGAGGUGGUUCCCUGAGAGUUGGGAAGCGGACCCCAUUUAUGGGGGCUUUCACGCCGCUCCUCAGACAGCCGAUUUUGGGCCACUCACGCAGCGAGAGCUCAGCAAGGAUGCUAGCGCACUCAUGUGCAAGACGUAACCUGCUACGCUGAUUCAGGGACUCAUACACGUCACUAAGACGUUGGCCUAGUACAAUAUGUUCCACCACCAGGAACGAAAGGCCAAACAGAUUUCCGUUUGUACAAUAAGCAAACACCCUAGGAGCGUGUACUAGUGUUUUCUCCCGCAAAAACGUCAAAGUAGAAACCUCUGAGUCUAUGGAAAUGCCUAGAAGUAUUUUGUUUUCUGUUGCUACACGAAAUUGAACUUGCUGCGGUAAGGGAGAAUCUUUGGUUCGGCGAAGGGUGACGAGGUACACCUCAUUGUUGAGAUCGGAAGCGGCGGCGAGACUGCUGACCACUCCGCUGGUGCGAAAUAUGACCUGAAUUAUAGCCUGAAUACAGUCA